UGUCUCCCCAUCCGCAUCGCCAACUAUGCCAGCAGCACAGUCACCAUCCGCCGGGUCUACUGCAACUUUGGAUGUGUCCUCUUCUUCCUCAACAUAUACGCCAGCAUCAUGUUCAUGUGCUACAUUGCUGCUAACAGGUAUCUGAAGAUUGUCCGAGGAACUUCAGGAACUCACAUCCUGCAGACGGUGCAGGCUGCCCACAUUGUCUGCACUGUAACCUGGGUUUUACUCCUGGCCAUGAGUAGCACCUUCAUCAUCCUGUCAUUCCACACCCAGAAACCUUUGACUUCUGACCCAGUGAACUGUGAAGUCAUUCACAGUGACCAGCUCAUCUCUUUCCAUAAAGUCAUGCACGCCUGCGCCUUCGCCAUGUUCGUGUUUUUCCUUGUCUCCCUGGUCUUCUUCUACUAUACAUCCUCCUCACCAGCACCAACCUACUUGCUUAAGGAUCCCCACAGGAAGAUGUUAGUGCUGGUUCUGUGUCUCUGCUUCUGCUUCGUACCUUACGACCGUGGUUCGCGCUUCCCAAAGCUUUCCUUGUUGGGAGAUAGUUGUUCAUGGCGCGCAAGGUUUUACAUCUUACCUGAUGGGAGUUCUCAACGUCUGUCUGGACCCACUCAUCUACUUCAUCUUCUGCAAGGCAUUCAGGACCCAGUUUAA